GUGGGACUGAACGACUGAUUCUGCUGCCAUGGCCGAUAAAAUAUCUGAUGUCAGUGUUUCUCUUUGUUCUAGUUCUCAGUAUGUGACACCUUUCCGACUGCUAUAUAAACAGGAUGGUGUGAAAAAGACAUGGGACUACAUCAAAGGACAUGACAGCAUUGCAAUUCUCUUAUACAACAAGGACAGGGAUGUAUUUCCAGUUGUAAAGCAAUUCAGACCAGCGGUGUAUGCAGCCAAAAUCCAGGCAUUCACUGAUGGACAAAUAGUGGACACUGCCAAGCAUAAAGGAGAGGAAGGGAUGUGCAUUGAACUUUGUGCAGGGAUCAUGGACAAGAAUAAAGAUGUUACAGAGAUGGCUCAAGCAGAGGUCUUAGAAGAAACAGGUUACAAAGUUCCUCUGGAAAACCUCAAGAAAAUAACAAGUUUCAGGAAUGAAGUUGGUGUGAAUGGAGCAUUGAUGACACUGUUUUAUGCUGAAGUUACCGAUCAAAUGAAAGUCGAUUCUGGUGGGGGAUUAGUGGAUGAAGGUGAACAGAUUGAGGUCAUUGACCUAUCAGGCAAAGAUGUAAUAAGAUACAUGAUGGAUGAAAAUAUUGAAAAGCCAGUUGCCAUGAUGUUUGCCUUUACCUGGUUUUUCUUCAUGAAAGGUAAAAUGGAUAUGUACACCAGAUGAAGAAUCAUAUUAUAUUUGUGGACUCUUGUGGAGGGAGUUGAAUGGAUUGAGGUUACUAAACUUCUUCUUUUACAUUGUUCCAACUGCACAAGUGUUCAAUGGUUUUACAGAAAUUUCAUUAAUUCAUUUAUUUGACCAGAGUAAAUGUUUCCUUUUUUUCUGUACAUGGAAGUGAAAGCAAAACCAUGAAUACAAUUUUUUAAUAUGACAUUCUAAUUAUGAAAAAUGAGUCAAUGAAAAUAUAUGUUUGCUGCAUAUGAGCUCAUUGUAUAUUUGAUUUUGAUUUGCUCACUAAAAAGGGGAACUAAAGAGCUUUAAAAAAACAAUGAAUCAUCUUCCAUAGGCCUAUAUGCAUUAGGAUACUAUGAUCAUGUUGCUGUAAAUUAUGUUCAAGUGAUGUCAUACAAUCCUUAUUUAAAAGUGAAUGUAUAGAGAAGGAAAAGGACCACUGGUAUGUGUAUAAACAUUUUUUUUUUUUGGGGGGGCAAAUAUUGUGGAAUGAAUGUUGAAUCAAGAAGCUGAAAAUUAUUCAUCAUUCUUGUGAAUAUCUUAUCCUGGAGUGAGUAGUUGAGUUCUUGAGCUGGUCCUAUCUGUUUAAAGUGAACAUGUUAGCGUGGCUUUAAUAUGUAAGAAUAAAAAUUAAACAGGAUGUAUUUACCUGUACUAGAGAGAGCUUUUUCAUAUUUGUAAGUUUCUGUCCAUAGCAAAAUUUGAUGAGUUUCAGAAUAUCGCAUAAAGAUUAGUUCCACAAUUUAACUGGACAAUUUGUUUCAAUUGCCUAAAUUAUCAAACUUGAAUUAUCAUUUUCCCUAGGGAUGGCAUAUUUGACUCGUUUUUUUUCUUGAGAGAAGUUUAGAACAAGGGAUGCCUCUUUAUGGUAUACAUAUAACUUAAUUCAACUUGCAGAGUUGCAAACACAAAGUUGAGUCACAUACUGGAAAUUUGGGUUCUUAUUUUUGCAGCAUAUUUAUCUAUGUCCAUAUAUACUCUGUGUCCGGCACAUAUUUUCAAGAUGUUUCAAUUGUACCAUGUACAAAACCAUAAGCUAUGCAGAUGUUUGUACAUAAUUACACUUUAUUAUUUUAUUGCAUGCAAACGAAAAGUCACCUUUGCUUUUGGCAAAGUGUAAUAAUAUAAAGUAUUCUGCAUCAUCCAUGAUUUUGUACCAUGGUACAAUUGAAACCUCUAGAGAACACUUGCCAUCUGGUAGAAAAGGUAUCACUGGUAUGUCUUAUUUGCAAAUGUCAUACAUGUAAGAAUUGGUAAUUUCACAGUAUCAAAUGUCAGCCUUACUGCUAUAGAUAAUGAUUUUAAAGUUCUUUAUGAAAGCAAAUUAUUUCAAAGGAAGAAUAUCAGGUAAAAGGAUUUUCCUUCAAAUUUUAUUGGGAAUUUUUAUAUAACUAUGAUGAUACUCAGGGAUAUGAAUCAGAGAAUCAAAUUCUUAUUUUUUGUUUAAGUAAUUCUGCAAGGAGGCCAGAUUUUUAAACCCAGGUUUUGAGCCAGAUUCUUGUACUCUGAACAAUUCAUUGCCCCCUCCCCCUUCUACUCUCUUCUUCAUGCUUCUUUGGCUGUCUCCUCCUUGAUCUCUCCCCUGCAUUAAUGCCAUCAUAGCCCAUUUGCCUUCACCAACCAGUUCACCACUAUUUUUUUAACACAGCAUCUGCAUCAUCACCUCUGUAUUCUUGUUAUCCAUCAACUUCACACCACACAUUGCUUUAAAGCAUUGUGCUUCCUUGUCAUCAAAUCCCCAUCUCAUUUCCAUUCAACCACAAUGUCAGAGAUAUUCCAUCGCUCUCACAUAAGUUAUGUAACAUACCCAUCUACACAACUCUUACACAGAUUUAGACAGUAUUAUAUUGAAUCAAGGGUGUGGAGGAAUCUUCAUUUGUUGAUUUGAACUCUUGCCUCUGUGAUAAAUGGUUGUUUAUUUGAAUCUAACAAAAUGGUGUUUAUUGCAAUUUAUAGCAAGAAUCCAUCCAUAUGUGACUAACCUAACUGAAUGAAAAAUAUAUCAGAUGGGUCUUUUUAACACCUUUUACUAGCCUCUUGUCAAGGCCUUGGCGGCUGAUCUACACCAAGUGUUUAUGAAUUGUUACACAUUAAAUUUGAUUUUUUUUAGAUGAUAGCAGUAAAGGGACAUCUUUUAUCAUAUAUCCUGCUCAGGGUCGUUCAUUUUGGCUUUUGCACAUUCCCCAUUGUUUUGUCAAUGUUGAAUAAAUAUUUGAAUGGAAUGAUGCUACACAGAAUAAGAUACAUUUACGCCUUAUAGAGCAGCUUGAAAGAAUCCUGUCUUGGAUUUCAUCCAAUUUUACUGAUAUUUUCUCUUAUUUUUCUGAUUAUUCAAAAGAGGGUAGACUUCCUCUUUGAAUUAAAAGGAUUUAAAACAUCGGAAUUUAAUGAGAAAAGAGAUAUAUAUUCACUGCAAUGGAAAGCUGUUUGAUAAUUAUGUAGAAAAACAUUGUUUAUGUUGUCAAGUUUAAUUAUAAAUAGCAUGUUUAAUGUGCUAAUUCUUAUAUUUGUACAUCUAUAGAGAUACAUUUGAAUAAAUGAAUAUUAAAU